CUGGACACUGUGGCUCACCAGAGCCUAUUGUGAACGGCCAGAUCAUCGGUGAGAACUACAACUACAGAGGCAGUGUCGUUUACCAGUGUAAUCCUGGAUUCCGACUCAUCGGCGUGUCAGUUCGCAUCUGUGAGCAGGACCACCGCUGGUCCGGAAAGACUCCCGUUUGUGUCCCUAUCACCUGUGGACAUCCAGGCACCCCUGCUAAUGGUGUGACUCAGGGAACGCAGUUUAACCUGAAUGACAUUGUGCGUUUCGCCUGCAACCCUGGUUAUGUUCUACAGGGUGUGAUCAAUUCUCACUGUCAGCCCAACGGCCAGUGGAGCAACACUCUACCCAGAUGUAAAAUUGUGAACUGCACUGAUCCGGGACAUGUGGAAAAUGGUGUCAGACAGGUCCUGCCCAGCGGGCCUCAUCGUUACAGUUUCCAGACUGCAGUUUCUUACAACUGUAACCCGGGAUACUACCUGCUGGGCACCAGCACUCUGAGCUGUCAGGGAGAUGGCACAUGGGACCGCUCCCUACCCAAGUGCCUCUUGAUUCUGUGUGAUCGUCCCAGCAUGCCUCCGUAUGCACAGAUCUCGGGGGACAGACGCACUGUGGGCUCUGUUAUCCGCUUCAGCUGCAUCGGCCAGCGCAGCAUUGUGGGCAAUACCACCCGCAUGUGCCAGCUGGAUAGCCAAUGGAGCGGCUCCCUGCCACAUUGCUCUGGGGAUUCUGCCGGUUUGUGUGGAGACCCUGGCAUUCCAGUGCACGGGAUCCGUCUGGGAGAGGAGUUCUCCGUAGGGAGCGUUGUACGAUUCAGCUGUGAGCCCGGCUACAUUCUGAAGGGGUCCUCAGAACGGACCUGCCUGGCUAACGGGAGCUGGGUGGGCAUCCAGCCUGAAUGCCAUGGUAAGAUAAAUGAAACCUGGGUUUUUGCAGAAGAAUGUGGAUGAAAACUCAUGAUUAAUUGCUUCUGCCUCUGGAAGAUUCUGCUUUACCCCAAAA